UUACUUCAAUGCGAGUCCUUUCUUCGUCUGGUUCUUAACUGCUGUUGUGAUAUAGGAGUCCAACUAUUUUCGGUAUAACAGUGAUAGUGAUAGUUAUAGAGCAGACCAUUCAAUAUAUAACAGUGCAAUCAGGAAGUGCUGACUGACUUUCCUCUACAUAUUUUUUGGUCAAACUAUUUGGUCACUUCAAUAGCUAUUCAACCGGAUAUCAACUAAUUAUACGUCUUUUAACAAUGAAGUUAACUCUAUUGUCGACACUCGCCAUACUAUUUGGAGUACAAAUUUGCCAAAUUUCCGCAAAUCAAAGGAACAAACGGCAAACCUCUACCACAGCUACUAAUUAUGAAUUUCCUGGAAUUAGAAAAGCCCAGUACGAGGAACUCAUUGAACAGUACGAUCCAGUGGCCAGAGUGGCCGCUGCACAGACAUAUAGCCCAUCUAUAAGUGAUCCACAAGACUAUUCAGGACAGUACUCGCCAUCGUCUUCAUAUAGAUCUACUUCUGGAUCAGCUGCUCCCACACGAUCGAGAGCACCUGUGUACCGAAGCAGUUCCAGUGAUUCCAACAACAAAGACGAUGACGAAGCCAAGCGUUUGGCUGAAGAAGAAGAAGAUAAAAAGCCCGACAAACUGGCACUACUUCUUCAGGACUCCAAGUUCUCGUGCGGCGACAAAAAGGAUGGCUAUUAUGCCGAUGAAAGUGUUGGGUGUCAAGUAUUUCAUUACUGUGUCGGCGGUGCUAAGCAUAGUUGGAUGUGUCCGGAAAAUACCGUCUUUCAUCAAAUUCACUUAAAUUGUGUGCCCGCGGCUCAAGAUAUUUGCACCCAAUCAUCUAAAUAUCAUGUCGUCAAUGAUUAUCUUUACAAACCAUUAGAGCAAAGAGGACCUAAUAAUACACUUCGUUAUCAUCAACGCUAUUAUCCGGAAGGCUUUGAUUUUGGUGGCGAUGUUUUGUCACAAGUAUUGCCUCCAAGUCAACCCCAACGACCGGCUGCUUCUCCGUAUAAUUAUAGAGACGAUGACGACUCAUAUGAGCCCCGAGGAAAUACUAGAUCUCAAUCCGAUUCCUAUCCAUCUUCCUAUCAGUCAUAUCCAGCAUCAGCACCAGCCAGAGCUGCUCAGCCAGUCUCACGUCCGGUCUAUAAACAACAAGCAGUGGCCAGAGCACCGGCAUCACCACAGACCUAUAGUUCACCCUCUUAUUCAACAAUAUCUCAGCCAAAACCCACAGCCAGACCAUCAACUUAUUCAACUCCCAGUCUAUAUUCAUCGUCUUUCUCUUCUGAUUCAGACUCUGAUAGUUAUGAUAGCUAUCCUUCAUCUGGCAGUAGCUUUACUUCCAGAGACACUUCAGGAGAUUACACACCAUCAGGAAAUAGCUAUUCAUCUCCAACAUCGAGCUACCCGUCCUCACAAUAUGCAGGUUCACUAUCGAGCUCGAGCUACCCAUCAUCCGCAUCAUCGUCUGGUGGAUCAUCAGCCACCCUAUCCUCAUACAGACCGGUUCAGUCGGCGGCAAAACCAGUGUCAUAUCCCAGCCGUUCGCUUGGAAUUCCUAUCGCUAGCUUCAGAGUUGCCGCAGCGUCCGCUCCGUCAUCUAAUUAUGGCUCAUCAGCUCAGGCCAGUCGUGUAAGAUCCGCAGCUUACGCACCGACAGGAUUUUCGUUGGGAACAUUCAACUCUGAAAUGGCCAGUGGUGUCAAAUAUGAUGAGGACUAUUAGAUAGGAUAUACCAUUUUUUUAAAUAAAUUAUAUAAUCAGCUAUUUUUAUGUAUCAUUUGUUACAUUAUUAUUAUAUUAAAACAUUUUUUAAU